AAGUUAAUUAUUUGAAAAAGGUAAUUCCAAUUACGACGUCGUUCUAUCGUUGACUACUCAGCCGAGUAUAGCGUGUUUUCCCUCUGAAAAUUUCUUCGAUUAUCGGUGGAAUUUGCAGAAAUGGCGGAUCGGUUUUACCCAAAUGUAAUGCCGGAUUUUGUUGCAGAGAAUCCGGCGAUAGAAGAAGAACAACAUCCAAAUCCGCAAGGAACGAAUGAAUCAUUGUUGAAGCUUCUCUCAACACCGUACCACAUUCUAUCGAAAAAGUUCAAACGCGCAGCUCUCGAUCUCAAAGAAACUAUAGUGGCGGAGACAUGGGGACUAACAAGGCAACAGGUUCCAGAUUUUACGCUUUAUUGUGGAACCCUUGGGACUGCUUUUUUGCUCUUCAAAGCCUAUCAGGUGACGAAGAACACGAAUGACCUUGCUGUUUGCUCUCAGAUUGUUAAGGAUUGUGACUCUGCUUCUCGACACUCAAGGGAUGUGACGUUCCUCUGUGGGAGACCUGGGGUUUGUGCACUAGGUGCCGUCGUUGCCAAGUACAUGGGUGAUGAUCAAUUGGAUUUUUACUAUGUAUCUCAAUUUAAAGAGAUAAAACUAACCAAAGAUCUUCCUGAUGAAUUGCUGUAUGGUAGAGCUGGAUACCUCUGGGCAUUCCUAUUCGUAAAUAAGCACAUUGGCGAAGGAACAAUUCCAUCCACCUACACUGCUAAUGUGAUCAAUGAAAUCAUCAAGAAUGGAAGAAAAUUGGGCGGAAAGGGCAGAAGCCCAUUGAUGCAUGAAUGGUAUGGUGAGAUGUACUGGGGUGCAGCUCAUGGAUUGGCUGGAAUUAUGCAUGUUCUGAUGGACUUUGAACUGAAUCCCGAUGAUCUUGAAGAUGUCAAAGGGACUUUAAGGUACAUGGUUAAGAAUCGGUUUCCCAGUGGAAAUUACCCUGCAAGUGAAAAUGAUAGGAGGACAGAUUUACUUGUGCAUUGGUGCCAUGGAGCUCCUGGGAUUGUGCUAACACUUGUCAAGGCAGCUGAGGUUUUUGGAGACGAAGAAUUUAUCAAUGCAGCAGUAGCUGCAGCAGAGGUAGUAUGGAACCGCGGCCUUCUUAAACGUGUUGGGAUUUGUCAUGGCAUCAGCGGGAAUGCUUAUGCCUUCUUAUCUCUGUUUCGGCUCACAGGAAAUGUGGAGUACUUGUAUAGAGCCAAAUCUUUCGCCUGCUUCCUUCUUGAUAGAGCUCACAAGCUAAUAGCGAAAGGAGAAAUGCAUGGAGGUGAUACCGCAUACUCCCUUUUUGAAGGUAUUGCAGGUAUGGCUUAUCUUUUCCUAGACAUGACAGAUCCAAAAAACGCCCGAUUUCCUGCCUAUGAGUGAAAACUUCAUAGAACUCAGAGAGCAAGGCAUAGUAGCAGUUCUCUUACAGGUAUAGCAAACUCUCUUCUGUGAUAUGUACCUAAAUCUCUUCUAUUCCAUUUGCAUGUUAGACCAGAUUCAAAAUGAUUCAAUCAAGUAUAACAGGAAAUGUUGCUGUAAAGUAUGUAGAACCGAGGCAUACAAAACGCCCAAAAUCCGCUUCAGCUGGCCCUGGUUCCUGCAAAAAAUAGGCGAGCCAAAGCCAGAUAUUUCAAAUUUUAUGAGUUCUGAAUUUUAACAUAACUGACUAGUAAAAUGUGCAAGUAUUAGUCAUGAGUUAGGACUUUAAAUUGUGUUUGUGAGGUAAACAAAAAAUAUUAUUUUAAGAAUAUAUAUAAUUUAAUAUGUAAUAUAGAAAAGGGUGAAGGAUCAUUUUUGCUCCCCUCCUCUACAGUUGAAAAGGAUUUAAUAUUAUAUCAGUUUAUACAUCAA